AUGGUGCUUCGAAAGACGUUCAUAAAAUCGUCACAGGUGGCGAAUGAGCGCGAAACAAAACAACAAUCGACUGUGUGGGUCUUCGAAGACAAGCCCAAUCCAACGAAGGUUAUUCGUGGAAGUAGCUCUUCGAAGCAAAUGGUUGCCUGUUUCUUCGGAAAAACUGGUCAUGUGGUGACUUUUCUGCCUGAGCAAUCGCUCAAUAACCAUGUCAUGGAGGUGUCCCUAUCGGAGUGGCAAAUGUGCUUAGAGAAUUGGAUUGAGCGCAUGCAAAAGUGUUUAAAUCUUAAUGGAGAAUUCUUUGAAAAACAUUACAACAAUUUCAUUUUCAUUAUUAGGCCAGAAACUUAUGUACCAGCCCACGAUCUCAACAACGCCAGCGAUACAAAUGAUGCAUGGCGAAUAAUUUUUGGUACCCAGAUGAGAGAAACCGAUAAUAGAUAUGAAAGUCUUAGCCAAAGUGCGAGUGAUCUAUCUAAACAAUUAGAAGAGGAACAAACCAGGAUAAAUCAGCAGCGGGAAGAUUUAGAAAUCAAGAAAAAUACAACAUUAGAGGAGCAAGAGGCCACAAGGAGGCAGUUGGAGGAAGAUCUGGAAAUAAAUAACAGACUUAAUUCACUUACCAAGCAACAAGAGUUAUUCUUGGCAGACAUUGAAAGUAACGAUUGGAAAAUAAUACUUCGACGACAAGAUGGCUCGGAGAAUUUUAAUCGAAAUUGGACUGAUUACAAGUCUGGUUUUGGCAAUCCAAAUGGAGAAUUUUUCAUUGGCCUGGAAGUAUUGCACAACCUAACCAACAAUGGUCCACCCCAAGAGCUAGUUGUGGUGAUGCGAAAUUUCGGAGAUGAAGAGAGACAUGUCAAAUACGAUCUCUUUCGAGUUGGCAAUGAAGCCGAGAAAUAUGCCUUACUCGAUUUAGGAGUAUUUAGUGGUAACUUAAACUUUGAUGCUUUGCGAUCUCAUAGGGGAGCAAAAUUUUCCACACCAGAUCAGAAAAAUAAUGCAAGAAAUUCAACACAUUGUUACAAUGAAAGGAUUACAAGUGGUUGGUGGUACAUGGAUUGUGGCCAUUGUUAUUUGACUGGACCCUAUAGAACAACCCCGGAUAUGGUAAACUGGGAUUAUUUGCAUUGGUGGUGGCAAAAUUAUAAAUACUGGUCAGCUGGUCUGGUCUUUAUUGAAUCGAUAUGUCUCAAGUAG